CAAAGGAAAGAGUAUGAUGAACAUGUUUUCACAUUGGGAGCCUUUACAGCUUUAGUAUUAAAUUGCAUGAAGCUGUGCAUCAGUUCACUUUACUUCCAUUUGGGUCUUGGUAAUCUAUUUUUUUAAUUAAUUUACACCAAGGUUCAUUUAUUGAUUUUGACAAAUCUUGACAAUCAUGGUUGACAAGAAAGCAAUACGUGUUCUCAUCACUGGAGCCGCUGGUCAAAUAGCCUACUCUUUGAUUCCUUUUGUUGCCAAAGGGGAUGUUCUUGGAGCUGAUCAGCCGGUGAUCCUUCAUCUUCUCGACAUUCCAAUUAUGUCUGGUGUUUUAGACGGUGUUGUGAUGGAAAUCUAUGAUUGUGCUUUCCCCUUGGUUGAAGGUAUUGUAGCUACCACUGAUGAGGCUACUGCUUUCAAGGAUGUUGAUGUUGCUUUCCUGGUUGGAGCUAUGCCACGAAGGGAAGGAAUGGAAAGGAAAGAUCUUCUAUCCGCCAAUGUCAAAAUAUUUGCUUCUCAAGGUAAAGCUUUAGCUGCUCAUUCUAAUCCCAACGUAAAAGUUUUGGUUGUUGGUAACCCAGCUAACACUAAUGCACUUAUAUGUGCACACUUUGCCAAGCCUAAAAUUCCUGCAGCUAAUAUUACGGCCAUGACUCGGUUAGAUCAAAACCGAGCCAUGGGCCAGCUUAGCUUAAAGCACAAUGUUCCAGUUAAAAGUAUUCAGAAUGUCUUCAUUUGGGGAAAUCAUAGCUCAACUCAAUUCCCUGAUGUUAAAAAUGCAACCUCAAACGGACAAAAAUUACCCUUCUCAGGCCACCAGCAAGACUUCAUAUCUCUCAUCCAAAAACGAGGUGCUGCUGUUAUUGCAGCUCGUAAAUUGUCUUCUGCCAUGUCUGCUGCUAAAGCCGCAGCUGAUCAUAUGAAAGAUUGGUGGUUGGGAACUUCUAACGCCGUUUCAAUGGGAGUUAUUUCAGAUGGUAACAGUUAUAAUGUUCCUGAAGGUCUUAUUUAUUCUUUUCCAGUCACUGUUGAUCCAGCUUCCAAGCAAUGGAAAAUUGUAGAUGGUUUUGAAAUCGAUGAGUUUUCUCGAGAAAAAUUGAAUGCAACUGCCAAGGAGUUGGAGGAAGAACGCUCAGAAGCUAUGGCAGCUACUCAAGGAGGCAACUUGUAGGCUUACGAAUUAAAAGAGCCAUUCGAACAAGACGCAACCUAGUUUACCAAGAUCCUAAAAUUUUACGCACUUAGUUGAUUAAAACCAUUUCAUUAAGGAGCUUAAUCCAAUGAAUUGAUUCCAGUAACUUCGAACCAGGAAACUAAAAUCCACACCAAAAAUCCAUUACCCUAUCCUCAAUGAACUCUUAUUGUUGAAAAACUGAGCGUAAUAUUAUGAAAAUUAUUUUAUUUUCCUAAUGUAUCAAUUAAUUAAUCUCAUCAAUAAUUAUAGUUGUAAACUCGGUGGAGAAAGAGGAACAACCAUGUAUUUAAAGAGAUGGAGAAAGAAAUCUCUAUUCUUUUAGGCAAUAAAACAAAACAAGCAUAAAAACAUGAAAA